AACGUUGGAUGUUUGGAGCUAACUAACCGAACCCACAACCUUGAGAUAACCAAUCGAGUCUUUAGGACGUGAAAGCUUAAGAGUCUCACGCUCUACCGAUUGAGCUAGCCGGGCGAAUGCUGUUGAUUGAUGGAGCACUGGAGAAAUAAAGAGAAGAAAGAUUGAGGUUUUUCCUCAUUCAACGCGUCGAGCGUUCAGUUUUGCAUAUGAUACCCGGAUAUAGACUGCCAAGACUUAUAGACUAUGAAUAUUUUUUUUUGGUCCCAUGUACCCGGAUUGUUGUGUGUGUAUAUAUGUAUAUAAACAAAUCGUACUACACUCGUAAUAAUUUCUCUUCCAAAGUAUGCUUAACCAAGUGCGCACACACUCAACGAUACAAACUUUCCACGUGUAAAUCUCCAUGCCCUCUGUUUGCCUUCCCACUUCCCUCCUUCCCCUUACUGCCUCUCCGCCUCCUCCGUCUUCUCUUUCAAUCUCGCUCCCACGCCCCACAUUUCUAGACCUAGGAUCCACCAGACAAAGCUCCGGCCCACAUGCCAUGACCCGUGGGAGAACUGGUAUUGUCGAGUCCUAACAACA